UUCCAUUUUAGACAGAGGUGCCAGAGCAGAACCCAGCACAGCUCUUUGAUGUUCAAGUGGACUCUCCUGAUUUGGACACCAAACAAAGCACUUACCGGUGGUUUGCGGAGAAGAAUCAGUUGUACACGGAUUGGAAUUCCGUGGUACCCAUGAAGGUCAGCGUUCCGGACGCUGAAAACUCGUACGUUUUGUGUGCUAAACUCGUUUUUGCCGACGACGAAAACGCCUUUGUUCCCAUGUGCGUCAACUGCUCUCAACAAAAAUCAGGUAACUACUCGCCGUCGUCGUCGCACAUUUUGCAAUUCCCGAGUCGAGACGCCGAGUACGUUUGCGAAGGUCGAGGAGGAAGUGGAUCCAUGGCGACGUCGACGAGGAGGUUCGUGAAGCAAAAGUUGGCCAUACCCGAGCCGGGUUCCACCUGCACCCGAUUCACCAUGAAGCUGACGUGUCGGAAUUCCUGCCUGGCCUCCGAG